AAUCAGUCAGUCAUUUUGAAAGGAGAAGGCGUGCGUUCCGGCCGGUGUGCUAGUUAUUCUCAAAAUAGAAUUAUCGUAAUUUAAGACGAUAAUAUUUAAAGUUUUAAAUAAUUCUCGAGUAAUUUUAUCAAAUACAAAAGAUGGCAGAACAGGGUUUCUUGAAACAAAAACCUGGUUUCGCGACUCUCGCUAUUCACCACGCACAAGAACCGGAACAAUGGAGUUCGUCUGCCGUUGUUGUACCCAUCGUCACAUCCACAACGUUUAAACAGCCGGCGCCCGCUGAACAUACGGGUUUUGAGUACGGUAGGUCAGGAAACCCAACGCGGAAUGUUCUUGAAGAAUGCCUAGCCGCACUAGAGGGCGGAAAGCACGGCUUCACCUUUGCCUCGGGCCUGGGAGCUACGACCACACUUUUGGGCCUGCUUAAAUCGGGUGACCACAUUAUUUCCGGCGACGAUGUAUAUGGCGGCACCAACAGAUUGUUCAGAAACGUAGCAGCCGCAAUGAAUAUAGAAACAACAUUCGCCGAUUUCACAAAGCCUGAAGAAGUUGAUAAGGCAGUCAAGGAAAAUACAAAGAUGGUGUGGUUAGAAACCCCAACGAACCCCAACCUGAAGAUCGCCGACAUCGCCACCGUAGUCAAAGCCGUGAAGAGCCACGGAGAGCACAUAAUGGUAGUCGUGGACAACACUUUCCUGACUCCAUACCUCCAGAGGCCGUUAGACUUCGGUGCUGAUGUAGUCAUCUAUUCACUCACGAAGUAUAUGAACGGGCACUCUGACGUCAUCAUGGGGGCCGCGAUUAUAAAUGAUGACGAGCUCGCAGCGAGGCUCAGAUUCCUACAAAACGCAAUGGGCGUGGUGCCAUCCCCGUUCGACUGCUACCAAGUGAACCGCAGUUUGAAGACGCUGGCUCUCCGCAUGGAACAGCAUAAGAAGUCUGCGCAGAUCAUAGCCGAGUGGCUGGAGAAGCACCCGAAGGUCACGGAAGUUAUGCAUCCAGGUCUAAAAUCUCACCCACAACACGAGCUGGCGAAGAAACAGAUGUCGGGCCAUUCUGGGGUGUUCAGUUUCAAGCACACGGGCGGUCUGCAGGAGUCCAGGAAGUUCCUGCAGAGCUUGAAGGUGUUCACGCUGGCCGAGAGCUUGGGCGGAUACGAGAGUUUGGCUGAGCUACCGUCAGUGAUGACGCACGCGUCCGUGCCAGCCGCGCAGCGCGCCGAGCUCGGCAUCACCGACUCGCUCAUCCGCCUCUCCGUGGGCCUCGAGGACACGGAAGACCUCAUCAAGGACCUGGACCACGCCUUUAAUGUUAGCUUCUGAUCAUACUAACAUUGGUACCUUAUGGGGCCUUUUACAUGGUAUGAGAUUCUCGUGUUGAACAUACUAUUAACGUAACACACGAAAAUAUACCUAUUGCAAUGAAAAUUACAUGCAUGAUAUCGCAUCUUGAAAUAAGUACGAUACAUUGCCUUUUAUAGGUACUUAAAUGUCGGCUUGGUAAGUAAAUCGUAUUCCUUACGAGUGUCGUAUGUUGUGCCAAUAAUCCAUUAAUUUUAAUUUUUGACAUAAAUGUAAACAGUUUUGUUAGAUAAUCGCCUAGUAAUUACGGCCUACGGCAGUGUAAUAGGUUUCGCCCAAAAUCGUACGAGAAACUCUCACCAUGUAAAUGGAUCCUGUAAGUUUUAACUGCAAUUCUGAACAGUGUGAUACUUAGUGCGUAAACACUAUCACUGAACCGCUAUAACAACAAAUACUAAAAACAGAAUAAAAUAAAGAUUUAAAUGGGGCUCCCAUACAACAAACGUGAUUUUUGACCAAAGUUAAGCAACGUCGGGAGGGG